AUGGCGUGGUUUUUGUGCGUGUGUGUAUUCUCUGUGGUCGGGCUGGGUCUACUGAUCUUGCAGGUGAAACUUCGGAGGUCCCUGGAGACCAGAGGGGGCCCCCCGAGCCUGCCCGCGCUCCCACUCAUCGGGAGCCUGUUGAGCCUGCAAAGCAAUCAGGCACCGCAUGUCCUCUUCCAGAAGCUGCAGCAGAAGUAUGGACAGACCUAUUCUCUCAUGAUGGGCGCACACACAGUCAUCCUAGUCAACCACCACCGGCACGCCAAAGAGGUCCUCCUUAAAAAGGGGAAAAUCUUUGCAGGGAGACCCAGAACAGUGAGUGGUUGCAUUUUCGUGAACCUGUUUUAUUAUAUUCUAUAUGACCGAGACAAUUUAUAGUCAGCCUGAUCAUUUAUUUGCAGAUUAUUUGCUUGUCUUUGAUGCAUUGUAACAUUAUAUAAUUGUGCCUGAAAUGUAAAUUAAAAAUAAUUGUAAUGUGUAAUGCAUUGAAUUUUUACAGUUAACAUUUGUUACAUAAUCGUUGAGUGGCAUUACUCACUCCUUAUUCUCUCCCAGCCUACGUAAUGCACUUUUUGUUCUUAACAAGGUAACCACAGACUUGUUGACGAGGGAUGGUAAAGAUAUUGCCUUUGCAGACUACAGUGCCACUUGGAGAUUUCACCGUAAAACAGUGCAUGGAGCCUUGUGCAUGUUUGGUGAGGGCUCUGCCUCCAUCGAGAAGAUUAGUGAGUAUUAAACAAUGUUUAUAUCCUUUAUAGCAAUUUGUUAUUGAAUCUGAAUCAACUCAGAACACUCUGAUUCAGGUGUACUGAAAACUAACUUUGGUAAACAUUUUCUCUUUCUGUGUAUCUCUGUGUCUCUCUGUGUCUCUGUGUCUCUGUGUCUCUCUGUGUCUCUGUGUCUCUCUGUGUCUCUGUGUCUCUGUGUCUCUCUCGCUCUCUGCAGUCUGUAGGGAGGCCCUCUCCCUGUGUGACACUCUGGGAGAGUCAGGGAGUGCAUCGUUGGACUUGUCCCCAGAGCUGACGAGAGCUGUCACCAACGUGGUCUGCUCUCUCUGCUUUAGCUCCUCCUAUUGCCGCGGUGACCCCGAGUUUGAGGCCAUGCUGCAGUUCAGUCAGGGCAUUGUGGAUACAGUCGCUAAGGACAGUCUGGUGGACAUCUUCCCCUGGCUACAGGUACAGUGCAACUUGUUGUUUAGAUCCCCCUGGAUGGAAUGGACCAGCACAGCUCUCAGGUUUCCUUAGUGCCUCUCUACAUGUCUUCUUCUCUCCCUCCUAGGUCUUCCCCAAUAAAGACCUGCGCCUCCUAAAGCAGUGUGUGUCAAUCAGAGACAAACUGCUUCAGAAGAAAUACGAGGAACACAAGGUAGGCUACAGCAGGUAGGUAUAAUAUGUACUUUCCUCUAUAUAAAUACAAUAUAGAGGAAAGCACCUAUUGUACCUCGUAAUUUUUUAUGAAUAUCAGGGUAAUACCAGUUGCAGCAGGCUACAGUAGGUCAUGGUGUAUGACUGUGCUUUACGCUAUCUUCCUCAACAGGCGGACUACAGCGAUCAUGAACAGAGAGACCUGCUGGAUGCCCUGCUGAGGGCCAAACGCAGUGCUGAGAACAACAACACCGCCGAGAUCACCACUGAGACCGUGGGCCUUAGUGAAGACCACCUGCUCAUGACCGUGGGCGACAUCUUUGGAGCCGGAGUGGAAACCACGUCAACGGUCCUAAAAUGGGCAAUUGCCUACCUCAUCCACCAUCCACAGGUGCAGAAGCGAAUUCAGGAGGAGCUGGACAAUGUGGUGGGGGGGGACAGACCCCCCCAGCUCAGUGACAGGGGGAGCCUGCCCUACCUGGAGGCCACCAUUAGAGAGGUGCUACGCAUCCGACCUGUUGCCCCUCUACUCAUCCCACAUGUAGCCCAAACAGACACCAGGUACACACACACAUUAGUGUUUGGAUCUAAAGACGUUUCUUUGUAUUGAUAGCAAGUUCACGCUGUUCCGUUUCUGUAUGUAUUUAAUUUGCAGUAUUGGCGAGUUCACUGUGAGGAAAGGUGCUCGCAUCAUCAUCAACUUGUGGUCCCUGCAUCACGAUGAGAAAGAGUGGAAGAACCCAGAGCUGUUUGACCCUGGUGAGAAUGUCUCAAGUUAAUAGACUAUUGAUACCUCAUUCUCUGUGUAUUAGUGUCCUCAGUCCUCCCUGUGUGGUCAGUUUUCUGUGUCUCAGUCUUUCUAUCUGUGUCUCCACAGGUCGCUUCCUGAACGCGGAGGGGACAGGUCUGUGCAUCCCCUCGCCCAGCUACUUGCCAUUUGGGGCAGGGGUGAGAGUGUGUCUGGGGGAGGCGCUGGCUAAGAUGGAGAUCUUCCUCUUCCUCUCCUGGAUCCUACAGCGUUUAACGAUGACUGUGUCCCCGGGCCAGCCACUGCCCAGCCUGGAAGGAAAGUUCGGGGUGGUCCUCCAGCCAGUCAAAUACAAGGUCAAUGCCACACCAAGAGCAGGCUGGGAGAAGAGCCAUCUCCAGCCAUCUUAG